AUCACUGACUGUACCUAAAACAGGAAGCAACGAGACAUACAUUUGUACUGAAGGCAGACUGUGAAAACAACGACCUCAAAUCGUAGAAAUCCGUACACAUCACGUUAUUGACCACGGUGCCAUUGUAACGGAGAGACGGUUGAAAAUCACUGCCUUCGUUGUGGAUGCAUUUGAGUGAAACUGUACGGAGAAGGUCUCUGUCAGCAGCAUGGGACAACAUCUAGGAAAGCGCGAGACACAUCCGGAGAGCAAGGUAACAGCUCCAUCACCAGAACCAGAACCAGCCAUGACGCAGCAGAUCCAAGCCGAACCCGAUUCCCAGGACGAAGUUUUUGGCCUGGCCGAGGCAGAUGUCAACCAGAACAAUGGCUGCGUCUCGGAGACGGCGGUGGCGGCCGACUCCACGGGCGCAGAGGGGCCCGGCCAGGCCUGGACCGACGCCAACACAGCUGACGCUGACGGCGCCACGCCCCGCCCCCACCUGGUCCGCCUCUUCUCCCGAGAUGCCCCGGGACGCGAGGACAACACCUUCAAAGAGCGGCCCUCUGAAUCGGAUGAGCUGCAGACCAUUCAGGAGCACAGUGGAGCAGGUUCGGAGUGCGGAUCGGAGAGCCCUGAGCAGGACCUAGACUAGAGUUGCGUCUUCUCUCUCUCUUCUUCCCCCCUAACUCUCUCGCUCACCCUCGGGAAACAGAGCCCUGUAUUUGACCAGUAUACUACCGCUACCCAAACCAAACAACCACCUAUCGCACCAUGGCUUCUGCUAGUAGCUCAGCUCAGUCGGCCUUUGGACUGGGGCGCAGGAAGCAGGCUCCGGGGCUCCUGGAUCAGAUUGGGAAGUUCUUUGGAGGGGACAAGAAGAAGAAGAGCAAGGGCUCUCAGAAGUCGCAGUCUGCCAAGGCUAAGAAGGCCAGCCCUACUGACGGCCAGGGAACCCUGUCCAAGAUCUUCAAAAUGUGAUGACACCACACAUUCAGGAGGAAGUCGAAGUGCUUCUCCAGCCAAACGCUGAGGUCCCUCUCUGCACCCCUUUCAACAGCGCCUGGGCAAAUGUCAUAACUAAGGGACUACAGUGGGAAAACAGAAGAAAAACAAAAUCUCUCCCUGCUUCUCUAACUCUCUAACCUAGACUGUAACUCUGAUGCCUCUUUCCCUCCUUGGCUGGUAGUAGCAACACAAUCUGUCUCAGCAUUGUCUCAUCUGGCAUGUGUCCCCCAUGCAGCUUUCCUCUUCCCCCCCAUCCGUCUUCUCCUCGUCCUCCACCAUGUGAACUGCAGUUGCAGGCAUCCACCCCCCCCCCCCCCCAUUCCUCCAUCUUAUGUCUUCAGCUACCUGUCAUAUGACUCUCUAGCUACUUGUUGUAUAGUUGUCUAGCUAUGUGUCAUGUACUUCUCAAGUUACCUGUCAAAUAGGUCUCUAGCCACCAUGCUUUAGCCUUUGUGUCUCUGUGUCUAAAAUAUGUCUGAUCUGGCUGGCUAGCUGAGUUGGACCUGGGGUAAAGAUGGUGGAUGUUCCUUUGACCUGACCAAUAGCAUGUCAGCAGGCCCAGAAUGACCAGGUCCAGUUCUGGCUCAGUAAAGAGUGGUUUUUCGUCCUGUCGAAAUUGUCUCUCGUCAUACAGGUCAAGCCUGUCAUAGUCUGUUUCAUGAGUGGACUAACUCAUCCUCUCAUUUAUAAUUGUGGCCCACUGGGCUUUGUGUUUUUUUUUUCAACACCUCCCCUCACAUCUUGGCCAAUCAUGUCUCGUCUUAAAUGUGCUGUCCUUCCAUGUUUUACAUUAGGAUCUCUUAUUGGCUGUGAACUUCGGUGGUUACAAAAAUGUGUUAACCCUCUAAAAAUCUAUGCAAUAAAUUGUAACAAUGACUGAAUGAUAGUCCAUAGUUUCUAACACUGCUUCAUUUUUAUUUGAUUUCCAGUCGAUUGUCAUGGCUGAAGUAAACACUAACGUUACGAGAUGGCUCCGGGAUUGUCCCGACCAUAGACCUAACCGAUUCUUCUGAAGUGCACUGGUUUGAUCCCUGCAUGGCAGCGUCUCUUCUCUGAAAGAACGCUUCUGCUGGCGCCGCCACCCUAUGUACUGAGCGCGCUCAGAGAUAAAGCCCCCCCCCCCCCCUGCUUGUAGUUGUAGUCUAGACACGUCGUCCUUUUUGUUUUAACGGUCUCCGGCUUUAAAGAACAGAACCAACAAAGAAUACAAAACAGCUAGCUGAAGCGAUGCCAUUUUUUGCUCUAAGUGCCAAACAACUGAUUUCCUGUUGUCUCAUGUGGAUUUUGAAACACAAACACGUUCACAAAGGUGCUCAAUACUGUAACUAAAUAUCAAAGUAUCUGAAAAAGAUGCGAACGAUGAUAGUUCGGGAAAUUUAUGAGGGAGAGUCGUCAAUAAGGUUAUGACAGAUAAACAUUGUACUACCAACACCACUAUACUGUCCUUGUUUAUAAAAGGAACCCUGUGUUUUACUGUACAAUAGGCAUGUGUAGUCUGUAGCGUUCUCUGCCUCUCCCCAUUCCUCCUACACACAUCUCCGUGUGUGUGUGUCUGCAUGUGUGUGCGAGUGUUUGUGUGUGUGCUUGUGCACGUGUGUUACCUGUGUGUGUGUGUGCGCAUUUCCGUAUGGGUCCUGUGAAUGAAUGUAAAUUAAACUCGAGACCCUCAUUGUUGUACCUAUAAUAAAUAUAUGUAUGACCAGCCACUUAACUUGAAAUAAAAAUAAAUCAAUUACAAAUUCAACAAAA